UUCGACUGAGGAAGUGCAGUUUACGUAUGAGAUGCACAAUCGCACGUUUUCAAUAGGUUAUUAAAAUAAUUUCAAUUUGUAUCAAAUAAACAACAACUUCCGAAUAACUAUAAUGUUCGUUUACCGCGGUUUCAGGGGACUGGGGGGGAGGCAAACACCAAGGAAAAGCUGAUAAGAUGGAUGAUAUCUACACUUUGCAGCAGGAGGUGGGAAGAGGAAGCUACGGCGUGGUCUUCAAGGGCCGUGUGUCAGAGACAGGCUGGUGGGGCCAGAGGGGUGACACGGUGGCCAUCAAACGUCUACCGUGUUGUAGCCCAGAGAGUAUAGAGCUAUACUUGCAGGAGCUCUGGGCUAUGAAGAUCACAGCACGCAACCACCCCAAUGUCAUCGCUCUGUACAACUGCCUCUUACAGACCGGACCAAAAACACUGCAGCCCCUGAGAUCAGGUAGGCUGCCUUUGGACUUAGUUGAGAGCACUCUUAAAGGGAGAGUGGUGGACAAAGACUCAAAAACCCAGAUGAGAAAUUCGUCCAGAUCGAAGAGGAGACUGAUGUCCACAGAGGAGGUUCCACGACGGUGCUUUGCCCUCUGGUUGGUGAUGGAGUACUGUGAGGGAGGCGAUCUGAAUCAGUACAUUCUGUCCAGGCCUCCGGAUGCUGAGUGCAACCAUGUUGUAGUUCAGCAGCUCAGCAGUGCCAUUGCCUUCCUGCAUGCAAGUGGAAUAGUGCAUCGUGAUAUAAAGCCAGAUAAUGUUCUUGUCUCUCUUACUAAAACUGGACCAGUGAUUAAGGUGGCAGACUUUGGCCUUAGUAAGAUGGUGGACAAUCCUACAGAUGGUGUGUUUAGUAGACUGACUCUAUCUUCUACAUGUGGCUCAGAUUUCUAUAUGGCUCCUGAAGUGUGGGCAGGCCGUAAUUACACAGCCCAGGCUGACAUCUUCUCUCUGGGUGUGUUGUUCUGGGCCGUGCUGGAGAGAAUCACAUUCCUUGAGGACGGAACCAAUCAAGAACAACUUGGAGCGUAUGUAAUGCGAGGCCGCUGGCUCGCACCGUUAGGAGAGGCACUAUGUCACAACCCCGACCUGCAGCUGGUCAUCCCAAUGAGGGCACGACGGGCUGCCCCGCUGCCGCCACCUUCAAACCCCACCAUGUGUGCACUGCUCCUGGAAAUGCUCGAUUCUGACCCUGACGCCCGGCCCAAUGCAGACCAGCUGAAGAAACGGGUCCACUCUGCUAUGCAUUGACCUCAGAGCAGCAUACUAACAGAAAUUACAAUGAGGCCAAUAAAACUCAUUGAACAGUUGUGGUAUUUUACAUUGUUUAUAUUCACAAAGUUAAAGAUUUGUUUGUUUGAUGUCUUACAUUUUGUGGGGUAUAUCUGUUACUAUAUGCUGUGACUAUAGUGAAUUUCUUUGCAGCCCCCCAAAUAAUGACUUAGAAUCUUAAACUUAGAAUUUUAAUUAAACCAAAAACAUUCAGUUAUACAAUGCUGGAACAUCAAUUAUUUUGGUUGGUGGUCUUAUUUUUCUGAUGUUUGAUUGCAUAAAAUCUAUGAUAAAUGUCUCUAUUUCAUAAAGUGCCACAAAAUCUGUGCCCUCCCCCGAUCCAUCUUGGGGCCCCCAGUUUGAGAACCACUGAUUUUAGGGAUGCGAUUCCAGCAUUAUGGAUGGCCAUUUUGAGUCAAAUCUUGAAAUAUUCUCACAAAAUGUAUUACAAAUAUAUUGAAUCAUGUGUUUAUAUUUUACUAAACCCCUGAUGAUGUCCAGACAUAAGAAAAAUACAUACACAAGUUUCUACUUUAAAAGAGGGAAAUAUACAUGUUUUAUGGAUGUGACAAAAAAGGAUGCACAACAUACUUUGUAAGAUUUCUGUGAAUUAAAAUCCACAAAUCUGAGGAAAUAAAUAAUACACAACAAAUGGAGUAUGGAUUGUUAUGGAUGUGAAAGUUCGCUUUCCUGACUUGUUUACCUGUUUCUCAUGAUUAGUUUUAAGUUGUGUCGUCAUACAGCAAAACAAAAAAUUGAGCAUUCAGGAUGGUCACACUUCAAAUCAACAGGUUAAAGCAAAAGUUUACUUAUAAAAGGUCAAAAUUACUGGAUCCUUGAAGCUUCACUGCUGGGGGGUAUUUCUGUUUCCCUAUGAAAUGGGCAUCUGUGAAAAAUGGCAGCUCUAUCAAUCAUUCAGAUCGCUUAUUUUACACUGACAAGAUUUCCAGAGCCGUAGUGGCCAAUCUUAUUUUGGUUGGUUUUGAUCGCACGAGACAGGAAAUAAAAAGGCUUUUUACUUGGACAAAGUACUUCAUCUUCCACCGGAAUUUGAAGUUUUCUGUGAUGGAUAUGAAUAAUAUCCGCCCGCAUUUGAACAUUUUUUCUAUUCCAUACUUUACAGUACUACCGAGUUGGGUAAAUAUUUUCUGUAUCAACUACGUUACGCACCACGAGCUCGAGCCAAACGGUCUUUAAUGCUGCCUUCACGUGUUCUCGGAAAUUCGAUAAUUCCCACUUCAACCCGGAAGUAACAUCUGGAUUUAGUAACAUUAUAACAUUGAUGUUACUAGUGAUUUAGUGGCAUUAAAACAUUACAAGUAUCUGCUAACAUUAAAAGAGCACCGUAACAUAAAUUAUUUCCGGGUUGAAGUGGGUAUUAUCGAAUUUCCGAGAGCACGUGAAGGCAGCAUAAACACCGUGAUUAAGCAGUUUACUGCACUACUGAGUUGAAGGAUGAUAAGAACAAUGACAAAGAUGAAUAAUACCGUUUUUCAAGUGUGCGAAGGGGUCAUCGAGGGGUUUGAAACCUUACGGCCUCCACCGGCAAUAAUAUAAAGCAUAUGAGACUUUCCUAAGUGGAUCUCAUCCGUGACAUUUCCCUCUCCAGAGACACUGUGCCCUUUUCCUCACGCUUCACCGGUUUGCAAAUGAAACAACGCGAUUGCUCACCUCGACCUCCGCAGAGAAAUAUGCACAUUAUCUAAACACCACACUCAUUCUUUCUCUAAGGUCAUCAUCUUGAUACAUCGGUAUUAAUUCUGUAUCGGAAAGACUACUCGUAAGGAAUAAUGGCCGUGCCAUACCAUAACUCACGAGAUGGGACAAUGCUACUGCUUAUAGUUAACCACGUUACGACAACGUCGCUGCCUGGAAAUUACAGGAACUGUUGUGAUGUCAUCAGUUUAUAGUGGGUUUGAUGCAAAACAACAUCUGCCUAAUAAAGGAGCAUUUCGCAAUUUAGUGAAAACCAUUUCUGUGAUGACAAACCUGUUACAAAUGUGAUCCGAGUCUGACUGCUUUAAAGGGCGGUCAGUCAUCAUUCGACUCGCACCUUUGCUCACAAGCAGAGAUAGCGAUAUAAUCGGGAAUUGCGAUGUCAAAUGAAGCAGUAAAAACCCAUCAGCGGGCGUAUCAUGAGGUCUCCAGUGGUGGAGAGAUCUUGCAAGCCGGACGCAAUUUCUCAGAAAUUGGUGGUGUGAAGACAGACACCAAAAUGCAAUAGAGUUAAAGUGAAAAAUGAAGUGAAGGGUAACUUUUCAUGCUGUCAAAAAUAGAAGUGAUUGAAUUUCAAUCAUUUUGGCGACGGGUUUUCAUACCCAAGC